AUGUUUCGAUACACGAGAUAUAUUAUCCAUCUGCUUCUCACAUGCACGCUUGUCAGUGCUUCUUAUAGUUAUGCUGAGCAAAGGAGAUUCAAUGCUGGCCUAAAGUCAAAUCAUGCGACGAAGAUGGAUGGUGAGGUAUCUGAUUACGACUUUCCUGCAUUCUUUGUUUCGCGGCAACUCCAGCAGGUCAUUGAGCUCAAAGUUGAUAAGUUCGAAAAUUAUAAGAACGAGGUCGAGGACUAUCUGAACGAAGAUUUGACACCAUGGUAUAUUGAUAUCUUGGUUCUCACCAAACAGGACUUGGAAAUCAUCAAACUCGACAAAGAUAUUAGACGAGAUGUUAAGCUACCUUAUGAUUCGGAUCGCAGAUAUUGGUAUUCUACUUAUGAGACUGACAUAACUGUUAAUCCAGACGUAGAACAAUACAGUCUGGAUGAAGUCCUGGCCAAAAAUCUGAACCAAUCUUUGAUUUCAUCCUUCACCCUCUCUCCUGAAAACCUCGUUGGACAACAUCCCCUUGGAUCCCCAGGGAACUACUGCAUUAUCGCAGACUUUCACUGUCCUAAAAAUAACAUGUUUGCAUAUGUUUACGUCACUUUCCGAGAUUCCCAUGGUGAAUUGAACAGAGAUGAUUACAAGUAUAUGCACAUCUACUUUGCCAUUGGCCUCAUCUACAUGAUCUGUUCAUUCCUGUACAGUUAUUAUGUUUCUUUUUGGAGUUUAUUUCGGAACAAAUCUUUCUCCGUGAUUAUUGGCCCGAAACACAAAAUGAAAAAUGGGGAGACUCAAGUUUGGAUCCUGAUGUACAUGGUCGGAACUUCCUUAUAUUACUUUUUAGAGGCCAUUCGUUUAUACAAGUUGAAUAUGGCUGAUCCCUACAAGCCCAACUUUUUAGCAGCCUGUUUGAGAAUAGCUUCUCGGAUCUUAGCCAAUGUUCUUUCUAGCUGGGCCUUGUACAACUUGAUGUUGAUGUCCCUGGGCUUUACUUUCUCUUCGGGUUUACCAAAUCGACUAUUUUCUUUACAAAUGAUACGCGAAUCCUUUUCUUCCUUUUCGGCAGCUGUGACUUUUUACAUGGUUAGCCCAGGUGAUGAUAAUCCCACCCUUCUAGGGACAUUUCUGAGACUUGGAAAUAUGGCCUUGGUCGCCGCUUUCUUUUCCAAUGGCUUGUACCGCUUGCUGUUAGUAUCAUCGGGCUCUCCUGUUUCUUCGGAAUCCACCAUUCAGCUUCUAUUUCAGUUCGUAAGGUGGACGACCAUUGGGAAUGUUAUCAUAGGCUCAGCAUCCGCUUUGUUUCCUAUAUAUCGUGAUGGUCGGGAGGUGGUUGGAAGUGUUUUUGUGACAGGAAAAAAUUGGAUCAUGUUUAUCUAUUUUCCCUACUUUUUGCUUAAAACCUACUCUGAAUUAUGUUCACACGGAAGGAAACCAAUCGCAAACAGAUUUAUGGCAACUGCUAUACUGAUUCUCAUGCCUGUCGCGUAUGACGUUUUUAAAAGCAUCCUUGAUAUACCGAUACCGCCAGUUUUAUGGAGGAUGAUUAGAGGGUACAGAAUUACCGAGCUCAUUCUUCUUUCAAUGGGCUUUCUGCUGGUGACAAUUGAACGGUCCAGAUCUAUCAGGCACAUUCUCCACUUAGUAGCUACUCUGAUCGUGGCGUUUUUGUGGAAGGAUACUAUUCUCGAACCAGAGAAGGUUAUAAAGGAGGAAUGA